AUGCUUCAGCUUUGGAAACUUGUUCUCCUAUGUGGCGUGCUCACUGGGACCUCCGAGUCUCUUCUUGACAAUCUUGGCAGUGACCUAAGCAAUGUCGUGAAUGAGCUGAAACCUAUUCUUCACGAUGGACUUGAGACAGUUGACAAUACUCUUAAAGGUGUCCUUGAGAAACUGAAGGUCGACCUAGGGGUGCUUCAGAAAUCCAGUGCUUGGCAACUGGCCAAGCAGAAGGCCCAGGAAGCUGAGAAAUUGCUGAACAAUGUCGUUUCUAAGCUGCUUCCAACUAAUACGAACACUUUGGGGUUGAAAAUCAGCGACUCCCUCAUCCUGGAUGUCAAAGCUGAACCAAUCGAUGGUGGCAAAGGCCUUAACCUGAGCUUCCCCGUCACCGCGGAUGUCACUACAACCUUGCCCAUCAUUGGCCAGAUUGUCAACCUGAAAGCUUCCUUGGACCUCCUGACUGCAGUCAGCAUUGAAACUGAUCCCCAGACAAAUCAGUCUGUUGCUGUCCUGGGAGAAUGCGCCAGUGACCCAACCAGCAUCUCACUAUCCUUGCUGGACAAGGCCUUCACAGGGCUCCUCCUAUUCUCUCUCAUAUGCCCACUGAUCCGCAUCUUCCUCCACUCUCUGGAUGUGAAAUUCAUUCAGCAGAUCAUCGAUAAUCUUCAGCAUGAAACCCAGCUGCAAACCUAUAUCUGA